ACUCUCACUCCUUUUCUCUUCACUGCUAUACGCGUUUUCGUUUAUUUUAGUAUUCACAUCUGUACAUUUUCUCCUUCUGCUAUUUUUGAACUGUUUCCACUUGAAGUGAUGCACUUCUGUGUUCUCCAAAGUGAAUCACUGAAUGACGUUAGAUCUAUUUUUUCAAGUCAUCAGUGCCAUUGAAGACCUUAUUUUUCACUACAUUUUUGUUUCUUCUUUCUUCAGUCUUAUGGUUAUCAGUACGGCAGUAGGUGGACUCCCUGAAGUUUUACCAGAACACUUCAUUCGACUUGCUCCAGCGAAAGCUUCUGAGCUAGCCUCCGUUGUCGCGGAUUCAAUCAUUCAAGUUCGUCAACUACGCAAAAAUUCAAAGUUAACAAAUGAUAUGAAUGAGUCUUGUGAUCACUUAACCUCAGAUAAGUCAGAAGUCUGUAGACCUCCCAAUCCUUUAUGUCGAUUUUCACUAGCAACGAAUGCGCUGAAAUAUAUCGAUGGUACUGAAUACCAGUGUAAUUCAAUUACUGAUCAUUGUUGGCAUAUGCACAAAUGGAUACGUGGUACAUAUUCCUGGCCUAAAGUUGCUAAACGUACAGAAAAAGUCUAUGCUGCUGCUAUGUCCAGACCAACUGUAUCAUUACGGAAGAGAAUAACCAGGUUAUAUCAACUUGGACCAUUCACAGGGAAACUGACUUUUUUCAUAGCCCUAUUACAUUGGCUUUUUCUUCAGUUUUUGUGUUGGAUUCGACCUGAACAGAUGAUUGAUAUUCUUCCUUCGAUUGACACACCAAUUGAAGACUUCAGUGACAAUGAUCAAGAGGAUUCGUCAAUCGACAAGAGCGAUACUGUUCAUUAG